ACCAAAUAAAUGUUCUAGAUGAACUUGAUUAUACUGGAAUUAGCUUAGAUAAGAAACAACAAACUAGAGAAAAUCUUGAUAAAAUGGUUGAUAACCAUUAUUAUAUUAUGAGUUCUUCAGCAAACAACAAAACCAUGUUGCAUCUUAUUCAAAAGCAGACUUGUGAACUGAAGAUCAAGCUUUUUGGAGGGUUCGAUGAGGAGGAGAUGAAAGAAUGGUGGAGUAAACAUAAUCCCGAUUUGCCAGCAAUGGAUAAACAGCAGAUAGAACAAAUCGAAGACAUCACUGGAAAAAUUCCGCUUUUCUUAAAGUUCUUGCUAGAAUCGGAUCACAAGAAUUUUACAGAUGCAUUAGAACAUCUAAAUCAAAAAUUAAAUUCAAUAAUACAAUUGCCAAUGAUAGAAUUUUCGGAUAAUCUACUAUUAGAAAAGGGAUGUCUCGCUAGCAUUUGUAGGAAUGGAAUUACAGCAAAUAAAAUAAAUUUCAAGGUAGAUGGUCAUCAGUUUUUUUCCACUUUAGGAGACAUUAAUUUUUCUUGGCAAGAGGGGUUUUGUACCUUUUACUUGCUACGUAAAUGGAACCAAAAGUCAAUAGACGGAUUACUUGUCCUUUACAGGACAGGUACUUUGUAUAUUGCACCAGUUCAGAUUACCUUUGACAAGAAAAAUCAUUCAGAUUCUGAAGGAGCCUUUUUUUCUGAGAUUUGGCCAGAAUUGAAAUCAGGGAUAAAUAACUUGAAUGUGGAAAUAAUUUUCAUAUGGAUUACACAAAAGAAUGAAGCUGAUGUUGAAGUGGCAAGGAAGGUUAUAAGAAGAACUAGAGUUUCAAAGUAUAAAAAAGAGGUUGAAAUUAAUCCUGAUUACACAUCAGUA